AUGAAAGGGGCGAUACUUUCCAUGGUGUGGCUUGCUGGCCUCACUGCAGCCCAGAGUAGCUCGGCCUCGGUCUCUCCCUCAGUCAUAACUUUAUCUGGGUCGCAGCGGAGUCUGACAGGCGAUGAUGCGGCUCCAAACCCAACCGUCCCCUCGGAUUUCGAGGGCAGCACCUUUGCGACAGUAACAUCGGCCGCGUCGUCUGGGGCGUCUGGUAGCACAGCCUCGUCCAACGGCACGGCUUCAAUCACAAGCAGCGCACCACCCGUCACAAACAUCGGAGGAAACAACAGAACACUGACACCGACUGGCACCGAGACCGCUCCAGCGCUGCCCUCCAACACUCAGCCUUGCAACAACUACCUCGAGUUCUGCAACCGCAAGUAUUCCAAUAUUACCGAAGUAGCUGCGCACAACUCGCCCUACACACGAAAGAACAACAUUGCGCGCAACCAAGAAUACGGCGUGACGCAACAACUGAAUGAUGGCAUCCGCAUGCUGCAGGGCUCAGCCCACUACGUCAAUGGCACGCUCUACUACUGCCAUUCUUCAUGCGACCUGCUCAACGCCGGUACCGUUGAAGACUACCUCCGCGAAGUCACGGCAUGGGUAGCAGAUCACCCCUUCGACGUCAUCACGAUUCUCUUCGGCAACUCCAACUGGGACGAAACGACCGAUGACGGCAAGCCACUCGUUACGUCUUCCAACUUCGCCGAGGCGAUCGAGAAGUCCGGUUUGAUCGAAUACGUCUACCAGCCACCCAAGACCGCCAUGGAGCUCAACGACUGGCCAACGCUUGGCGAACUCAUUCUCCACAACAACCGUGUCGUCACCUUUAUUGACUACAAUUUCGACACUGAUGCGGUGCCAUACCUGCUCUGGGAGUUCUACAACAUGUGGGAGACGCCCUUCUCCCCAACCGACCCCGAUUUCCCUUGCACGCUGGGUAGACCCGAGGGCAUGUCCGAAGAAAAGAUGAGGGAAAUCAUGUACAUGGCCAACCACAACCUGAACGCCGAGAUCUCGUUCGCUGGACUGAACCUCCUCGUGCCCAACGUGGCGGAGAUCAACCAGACCAAUGCGCUGGAAGGAGAAGGUAGUCUAGGUCGCAUGACCAACACCUGCACCACCAAUUGGGACCGCCCACCAAACUUCCUCCUCGUCGACUUCUACAACCAAGGGCCCAUCAACGGGUCCGUCUUCGAAGUCGCCGCCCGCGCAAACAACGUUACAUAUGACCGCGAAUGUUGCGGCACUGCGUCUCUGGGCAACGUGCUGCUUCAGCCCAGCGCCACAUACUUUGGCUUCGUCGUUGCGAUUGUUGCCGCCUUGAUUCUAUGA